CUCGCCACACACACACACCAUGAGCAACAUCUAUGAGUCUGCGGCCAACACCCUUGGUCUGUUCAACAGCCCAUGCCUGGCCAAAGUGGAGCUGCGGGUGACCUGCAAGGGCAUCUCAGACCGGGACGCCCUGUCCAAGCCAGAUCCCUGCGUACUCAUCAAAAUGCAGUCCCACGGACAGUGGCUGGAGGUUGACAGGACAGAGGUGAUCCGUAGCUCUAUAAGCCCCACCUUUUCUAAAGUCUUCACCGUGGACUUCUACUUUGAGGAAGUACAGCGGCUACGUUACGAGCUCUAUGACAUCAGCAGCAAUCACAACGGCAUCAAGGAGGCUGACUUUCUGGGGGCCAUGGAGUGCACACUGGGACAGAUUGUGUCCCAGAGGAAGCUCACCAAACCACUGCUCAAACAGGGCAGCACAGUGAGCAAGUCCUUCAUCAUGGUCACCGCCGAGGAGCUGACAGGGAAUGAUGAUUAUGUGGAACUUUCUUUCAGUGCCAGGAAACUUGACGACAAGGACUUUUUUAGCAAAUCAGACCCUUUCCUGGAGAUCUUCAGGAUGAACGAUGACGACACGCUACAGCUUGUGCACAGAACAGAGACUGUUAUGAACAACCUUAACCCGGUGUGGAAAACCUUCAAGACUUCCCUGAAUUCCCUCUGCAGUGGAGACCAUGACCGGCCUCUAAAGUGCACAGUGUGGGACUGGGACUCCAAUGGGAAGCACGACUAUAUUGGUGAAUAUCAGGCCACAUUCAAAGAGAUGAGAGGGGCAAUGGAUGGGAGACAGGUCCAAUGGGAGUGUAUAAACCCCAAGUAUCAGAUCAAGAAGAAGAAUUACAAGAACUCUGGUAUCGUCAUUCUCAAUCAGUGCAAGAUCAUCAAGAUGCACUCCUUCCUGGAUUACAUCAUGGGAGGCUGUCAGAUCCAGUUUACAGUAGCUAUUGAUUUCACCGCCUCGAACGGGGAUCCUCACAACAGCUGCUCCCUACACUACAUCCACCCAUACCAGCCUAACGAGUACCUCAAAGCUCUGGUCGCUGUAGGGGAGAUCUGCCAGGAUUACGACAGUGACAAAAUGUUCCCAGCGUUUGGCUUCGGCGCUCAGAUUCCGCCCGACUUCAAGGUUUCUCAUGAUUUUGCAGUGAAUUUUAAUGAGGAAAACCCAGAAUGUGCAGUGAGUCUACAGUUUGUUCAGAAUCAGCUUCAGGAAAAUGUUGAACAGCCAAAGGUGACCUGCAUAAAGUCCCACAGACAGGCCUGGAUGAAGCCGCUGUCAUCGCGCACCACAGGGGAUCAACGUAUCCAAGGGGUGGUGGAGGCCUAUCAGACAUGCCUUCCUAAGCUUCAGCUCUACGGCCCCACCAACAUCGCCCCCAUCAUCCAGAAAGUAGCCAGCUCCGCUUCACAGGAAAUGCACACCAAGGAGGCCAUGCAGUACUUCAUUCUGCUCAUCCUAACGGACGGAGUGAUCACAGACAUGGCAGACACCCGCGAGGCCAUCGUCCAAGCCUCCCACUUGCCCAUGUCCAUCAUUAUUGUAGGUGUGGGAAGUGCUGACUUCAGUGACAUGCAGAUGCUGGAUGGAGAUGACGGAAUCCUUCGCUCGCCCAAGGGGGAGCCCUGCCUACGAGACAUCGUCCAGUUCGUCCCCUUCCGCAACUUCAAACAUGGCUCACCUGCAGAGCUGGCGAAGACUGUCCUAGCAGAAGUGCCCAACCAGGUGGUUGACUACUACAACAACAAGGGCAUCAAGCCCAAAGUGCCCAGUGAGUUCGAGUCUUCCAGGACAUUCGCCCCCUGAGAGGAAGGGCCCAACGCACUCGAUACAACAGAAAGCACCUUACGCUGACUAACUGAAAAGUCUACUGUUUUGCUCUUCGUUUGUUUGUUCUUUUCAUUGUGCAUGCGUGGCCUCCGAGGCUUGCAUCUGUAAAGCAACUGUAUCAUUCAAAGCAUUGGUAUGGUGGGGACACACAAACGAACAACCAAACUGUCAUCCCUACAGAUGAACAACUAUCGAUGAAGGAAUGUAUAGAACACCCCCGUUCCUUUUUUUAUAAGAGUUUGUUGAGAUUUUGCUAAAUUUCUUGAUAUUCAUACAUUGUAAAACAUUUUGGACCACAGUGAAUGAACUAGCUACCUUUAGAAAUGUCUGCGUCCUCAGUAGUCCAUAUUGCAGAUAAGGCAGAUGCAUGAACUGUUGUUUUGCAUGCUGGUAAUAAAGCAGACACUGUUUUCUCACGGUUCAUGUUGUUUUCUUAGUGAACAAUAGAGUUGACAGUAUUGUAGGGAUAAAGGACAUUCUACUAUGAAGCAUGUUGACAGCACAAAUGGAGUAUUCUGGAAGUUCACUGGAGAAUAUUAUGGGCACAUAGUUUGCCGUUGUCAUGUUGCAAUGCAGUAUUCUGUGAAAUUACGAAUUACUUAUAAUAAUAAAAGCUUUAUCAAUA